GUGCUACGAACAAAAACGUUUCGACAUACGUGAGGGACUGUCUACGCCCGUUCACUUUUAUUUUGAUAGACAAUGCUUUUUCCUGUAGUGUCAGUGUUCACAUAUUCUACUGUUCUUCCUGUUUUCCGAGCGGAGCGGAGGGAAGCAUGUCUGGCGCAGGGGGUGGGAAGCGCCCCACAGGAGGGGAUAGUCCCCCUGGCCCUCCUGAAAAAAAGCUGAAGAAAGAGGAGAAAACGACCACCACUCUCAUCGAGCCCAUUCGUAUUGGAGGAGUUUCUUCUACGGAGGAAAUGGACAUGAAGGUCAUUCAAUUUAAGAACAAGAAGCUCUGCGAACGGCUUGAACAGAGGCAGGCUUUGGAGGAUGAGUUGAGAGAGAAGAUUGAGAAGCUGGAGAAGAGGCAGGCAACUGAUGACACCACCCUGCUUAUCGUCAACCGCUGCUGGACUCAGCUUGAGGAAAAUAUCCAUGAACUGCUGCAACGUGUGGAGCCUAAGGACACCCCGGAACCUGUCCAGACCCCUGCCACCCCUCCUGUUCCAGACGUCCCAGUUCCUGCUGCAGCCCCAUCAUCUGCUCCUGAACCUUCUGCUCCUUUGCCAGCUCCAAUUGAAGGUGAGGUUGGCCUCCCACAAGCUCCACCUUCAGCUGAGGCAUUGGAUGAAGAACAGCAACAACUAGUGCAAGAAAAGGAACAGACGCAGGAGCAAGAGCAACAACAGCAGGUUCCUGACUCUGUGGAGAAGUCAGCUGAUGAACCAGUGCAGGACGGAAUUCCCGCCCCUCGACCUCCACCAUCUCUCAGUGAAAGUGCAAAGACUUUCCUGGCUACUCUGGAUAACAGCAGUGAGGAGGAGCUCACCCUGCAUUUACAGGACAGGAUGCAGUUCAGCAAGGGCGCCGUGGCCUGUAUGGUCUGCAUAUUUGACCGUCUGCAUACCACCAUUGAUGAGCUGUGUACCCGAGUGCAGUCAGCUGUUUGUGAGGAUGACAGUCAGCGAGAGAUAAUAGCUACAAACCGCACACUUCUAGAGGAACAUAAUCGACUUCAAGAUCUUGCUUACUCCCUUCAAGGGAAACACCACAAAAUGUCAUUGGAGUAUAAUGAACUGAUUGACAAAGUUACAAGUUCUGAGACUAAAGUCUCUGAGAUGGAAACAGCUGUGGAGGAUCUGCAGUGGGACAUUGAAAAACUUCGAAAGAGAGAGCAGAAGCUGAAUAAACACCUAGCAGAAGCUCUGGAGCAGCUUAAUUCUGGUUACCAUGCCACUGGCAGUUCAGGUGGACUACCCGGUGGUCAAAUCACACUAAGUAUACAGAAGUUUGAGUCUCUGAAUGCUGAACUGGAGCAGAACCAGGAACUUGCCAACAGCCGUAUGGCGGAGCUUGAGAAACUGCAGCAAGAGCUACAGGAAGCUGUUCGGGAGAGCGAGAAACUAAAGAUGGAUCUGAGGAAUAUACCAGAGGAAGUGUUGAAGGAGACACCAGAGUACAAGUGCCUCCAAUCACAGUUCUCUCUACUGUACAAUGAGUCUCUAAGUGUGAAAACACAGCUGGAUGAGGCAAGAGCUCUGCUGCUUACAGCCAAAAACGCUCACCUGCGGCAGAUAGAGCACAUGGAGAGUGAUGAGUUGUCUCUUCAGAAAAAGUUACGCACUGAGGUCAUUCAGCUAGAGGACACACUGGCCCAGGUGCGCAAGGAGUACGAAAUGCUACGGAUUGAGUUCGAACAGAAUCUUGCAGCCAAUGAACAAGCAGGGCCAAUAAACAGAGAAAUGAGACACUUAAUCAGCAGUCUUCAAAACCAUAAUCAUCAGCUAAAAGGUGAUGUGCAGAGAUAUAAAAGGAAACUACGUGAGAGACAGAUGGAAAUAAACAAGUUGAAGUGCCAGAGUGGAGAGGCAGGUGCACUGAUGUUGGAAGAAAGCGUGGGUGACGGAGGACUGGAGGUUAAGAAAGAGGAAGAUGAGGAGCAGGAGGAGGAGGAAGAAAGGAGGAGAGAGCUGGAAAGGCAACGGGCACGGGAGAGAGAGAGGGAGGCAGAGAGAGAGAGGGAGCGAGAAAGAGAGCGGGAGAGACAGCGCAGUGAGGAGCUGAAGAGGAAGGAUUCUGACACACUGAAGAUGCUUAGAGGAGAGCUUAAAAAAGCACAGGAGUCUCAGAAGGAAAUGAAACUACUGCUAGACAUGUACAAAUCAGCCCCAAAGGAGCAGCGAGAUAAAGUGCAACUUAUGGCCGCAGAAAAGAAGUCCAAAGCAGAAGUGGAAGAGUUGAGGCAGCGAGUACGGGAACUGGAGGAGAGGGAAAGAAAGGAAAGCAAAAAGCUGGCAGAUGAAGACGCUCUCCGCAAGAUCCGUGUAGCUGAGGAGACCAUCGAACACUUGCAGAAAAAACUGGCUGCUACUAAACAGGAGGAAGAGGCUCUGCUGAGUGAGAUGGAUGUGACGGGACAGGCUUUUGAAGACAUGCAGGAGCAGAACAGCAGACUCAUGCAGCAGCUCAGAGAGAAAGAUGAUGCCAACUUCAAACUAAUGAGUGAGAGAAUCAAAUCCAACCAGAUUUACAAGCUUCUGCGGGAGGAGAAAGAGGAAUUGGCAGACCAAGUGCUUACUUUCAAAACCCAGGUGGACGCUCAGCUGCUGGUAGUGCAGAAACUAGAAGAGAAGGAGGGUGUCCUGCAGAGCACACUGGCCGCUCUGGAGAAAGAGCUGGCACUGCGCACUCAAGCCCUGGAGCUCAACAAGCGCAAGGCAGUGGAGGCGGCCCAGUUGGCCGAGGACCUUAAAGUGCAGCUGGAACACACUCAGACCAAGUUGAGGGAAAUCCAAGCCUCAGUACUAGACAACCGCACUGCCCGCGAGAGGGAGAGUGUCAACCUCAAGAAAGCACAGGAGGACUUGUCCAGACUGCGGCGUAAGCUGGAGAAACAGAAGAAAGUUGAGGUGUACACAGAUGCUGAUGAGAUUCUGCAAGAGGAAAUUAAUCAGUACAAGGCUAAAUUACGUUGUCCCUGUUGUAAUACCCGAGAUAAGGAGACUGUCCUCACCAAGUGUUUCCACGUCUUCUGCUAUGAAUGCUUGAAGACUCGCUACGACACUCGCCAGAGGAAGUGCCCCAAAUGCAAUGCUGCAUUCGGAGCAAAUGACUUCCACCGCAUCUACAUCACCUAAUUUAGUGUGGACUUUUUGAUGAACUGAAUACAGUAGAUGAGAAACGAAGGGAUGAAAGCGGUGUUGAAGCACUGGAUUACCAUAAUAUGGUAUUUUAAAAUGCUCUAAAGGGCCACUUUCACUCCCAUCUGUGAUAGGUGGUGCUAGUGACCAAACAGACAGUGACAAAAUGGAAACAAUUGUGAAGUAGUCAUGGUCUACAGCACACAAGCAGUGCUUCUUCAUUGCAGAGGAAUCUAUUGAGUUUUGUCUCUCUUACUUUUUUGUGUUCUUUAAAGUACUGCAAUGAUUUUUUUUUUUUUUUACCUGCAUUUUGUUGAAUGGCCAUGAAACAGAGGAAAGACUGUAUCAGCUCAAAUAUCAAUAUAUCAUAAUUGUCAUAACUCCUCAGAAUACGAGUGACGUCUGAAGUUCGCAGAAACUGUUUUGUUUUGACAAUUAUGGCCUUAUCCGUUUGAGUCAUACAGUAACUAUCUAGUAAUGUGCUUAGUUUCUAUGGUGACACUCUGUUAUUGAAUCCCUUGAAGUAAGUAAUGAACAGAUGUGAUGGAUACUGGGUGGAAAAAGGAGAGCUGCAGAUUUAGAAGUGUAGAUGGUGGUGCAGUGAUCUUAAAAAGACAAAACAUGAACAAAGUUUCUCAGUAGGUACCAUAUACCCAACCAUACUGUGAUAUAUCACCAAUGUAUGUCAGUACCUAUUGCACAAUUUCCUUAAAAAAAAUAAAAAACUGGAUAAAGAUAUUGGUGAACUCAGCUCUCUGCUUUGAUGUCAACUUAGACAAAACAUUUAGAGACAUUAUCUGGGUUUUUAUUUUAAUGGUGAUGUUAUUGUUGUACUUGGUGGAAAAGGAUGACUCGAAACUGGACUUUCCAAAUGCAACAUUGCAGUCCAUAUGCUGUCUGCCAAUACAAUCCUAUUUGCACAAUGCAUGUGUCUUUAGUAACUUCAGACGGUUUAGAUGGAUAUGCAUAGUUGCAUGCUAUUAGAAGAGGAUCACAGGGAAAGCAGUCCUGGGGAGAAUAUAAAACCUACCAAGCAUUUUUUUUUUUUUUGUACUUGCAAAUUUUUGCCCGGAAUGUAUAUGUAAAUGUUUUUGUUAUAUUGCGCAACUGACCUUAUGUUAUUCUCCGCACCCAUGGUUUUGCUGUUCUUGAUCGUAUUAAUAACUGUCGUACUGCUUUUCCUCUCAGUCUGCGCUGUGUGUCUGCCAAACACUGAACUGUUGUUUGCUCCCUUGGACCAGAGACAGUGAAUUACGUAGUUGGGUGGGGUGACUUUAAUGUGACUAUUUUGCUCAAACAUACUUUGUGCAUGGAGUCUGGGGUCUCUAGUUCGUGCUCUUACAAAAAAAAAAAAAAAAAAAGAAAGAAAAAAAGUACUUGUUUUCGCAAAUUGUAGUUUGUUCGUUUAAACCUUUUUUUAUUUAAGUAGUUUUCUUAUAGAUCUGGCAAUAAAUAUUUACGUCAACAAGACCAUCAUUUUACUAUUUCCUAUUAUUACAGAACCGGUUUCUUUUUCACGUAAAUGUAGCCAUUUAAAGCAAAAACGAAAGCGUUGUCAGCGAACAGGCUGUGUUUGUGCGUCUCUACCAUCAUUGAUCAUUGACGGCUUCCCACUCGUGCUUUAUCAUGCUGUGAAUACUGAGAUUCUAGGGCCGUGUUUCAAAUCCUAGCGAGUUGCCUGCUUAGACAUCAAAAAGAAUUAACGAUUGAGCUUCCUCUUUACGAGUUCGAACGGUUAGACAGUUCUUUUAGUACUUUUUGAGGAAGAACUAUUUUGAAAUUCCUAGUAGAUAUACCAUCAGCAGUUGCCGAAUGUUACACGUAGGCUAUUCAUUCAGAUUAAUUCAGUACCAACACCGAAUGAUUCAUAACUGUUUUGAUUCACGAAGAGAACCGAUUCAUUUGUGUUUCUCAAAAGCAUCGUAAGCCUAAAUUGAUCGUAGCUUCAUUGAUGACAAUGGUUCUACGAUCAGUUUAUGAUUAUGAUGCUUUUUGGAAACGCAGCCCUGGUCAGUUACUGUUUAUGAGUCACUAAAACGAAUCGGUUCGGUGUCAUAGUUCAGCAAGGUUAUUAACAAACAUUUUUCAAUUAACAUUAAACAUCUUUAAUGACGUUCUCAAAACGCAAAAAAAAAUAUUUAUACAUAGUUUAUGGAACGUUUUUUCUAAAACAUUUUAGUUGGACGUGGUUUAGAGAACAUUCGCAUAAUGUUUGCAAAACAAUUAAUGUUUAUAUAGCUAACCAAAAAAAAAAGUUUUUUGAACUUUAAGAACUGGACGUUUUGAACGUUCAGAUAACAUCCAGAAAUAACGUUUUCAUGAUUUAAUGGGAAUGUUAUUAAACGUUCUAGAACAUAUUUUUGUUAGUUGAGAAAUUCUUGGUGGAAAAAUGUUGGUUCUCAACUCUAAUUGUAAGUCUCGCGGAUGCCCUAAACGCUGUCUACAUAGACAGCACACAAGCUUUUGAGACACGGCCACAGAAUCUCAGUACAGUAGGCUACAUAGGAAAUGACUCAUAGAGGAGCUGAAUCCAACGCGUGGGUGUGGGCGCUAUUAAAACAAGACUGAAAGUUUGGGGUGGGUCAUUCACAUGCGCUGCUUUUGCUAUGCUUGAAACCCAUUUGUGGCUUUUAAUCUUUUGAAAUCGCUGUGGGAUUUCAGUAUAUAUAAAGCUCAAUGGAUUCCGGUGCUAUGUUGCGUUUCCUCUAUUGGAUUACUCUAUUGAUCACCACUCUUAUUCAUGGAAUAAACGCGGAUAAAAGUCCAGCCCUUUGUUCGAAAUCCGAAUUCUGGAACAGAGAUGUCGCACAAUGUGUACCUUGUCAAAUAUGCAAACAGUAUCCGAAAACUCCAUCAUGUGACACAUGCCCACCCAUAGAGCCUUCGGAUUCCUGGAGGGUGGCAGCAAUUACCAGUUUAUCUGUCCUGGCAGCCGUAAUUGUUUGCGGAGCCUUGCUCAUAGGCAUUCUAGUACAUCAAUGCAGGUCCAAGAGGACUUUACGUGAACCGAUUGAAGAGACAACAGGACCCCUUUAUCAAGUAUAGGAUCUUCAUAAGCUCAUGGAACUCAAGCUGACAAAAAUGAAAAUGGACUGUUACUCCAGUGAAUUAAUGCUCCAGUUGGUAAACGCUGGCUGGUACCUCAACCACAGAGUGUUCUAUGAGUAGCAUCUGAUUCGUCUAAUUUAUGACAUUAGUAGGCUAUGUCAUGCAUAGCAAAUAGUUAUGCACAAAAGCUGCACUGAGACCUUCCUUGUCACUCACUGUGCAGAAUAGGUUUGCAAGCCUUGGUGCUAAGUGACAUCCAAUGGACAGCAUGAUAGCAUAUAUUAUAUAUUCCUUUUUUUGGAACCCUUACAAUGCUUCAGUGUCAGGUCUUGUUACACUGUUUUUGCAGAAAUUUGAGGCCAUUCAUGUUGCACUUAGAGUGCACUGUAGAUGCAUUCCCACCUGAAUAUUCCUUGUUAGAUUUGUGAACACGAUAAAAAAAAAAAAACAUUUAAUAUAGUAGACUUGGAGAUCAUCUUUUUUACACAAAUAUGCCUCCCUAAACAGAUUUAGUAUGGCACAGCCAUUUGAAUGUAUUUGUAAUCAUUGUGUGUACAGUUUAAUUAUCUAUUUUUAUAGUUUUGGAAUAAUACGCACUGUAUAGAUGUAGCCCUUUGUACAACAAUGUUCUGACACCGACUGGCUCAUCAGCCUGUCUAUGGCAUUGAUGAACAUUCUGGAGACACAGAAGACCAGCGAAGCAACAGAAGCCGAUAUGCUGAAGACAAGAGUCGCCAGCUAAUGUUAAACUCUGAGAAAGAGUCGCAGGUGUCAGAUUCCAUCUUAGUUUUGCUGCCUUUAUACGCUUAAGAGAUUAGAUAGUUUAGAGUGAUAUUUACAUACAUGUAUCGCAAUACACUUAAUCUCUCAUGUUUUAUCAUUUCAGCUAACUAAAAUGUUUUGAAAGGAUAAAAUCACCAGUUUUAGAUGUGUGUAGCCAGCUAUGGGCAUUAGGGAAUGUAUAUAUUUAUAUACAGCAGAUGCUAAGGAGUAAUUAACUUGUUUGAAUGACUUAAAGCAUGUUUAGUAAGAGGUUACCUGUGAAGAACAUGUCUGAGUAACAUUUCAACCCAGAAUCAAAAGAAAUAAGAAAUUAUAUUUUGCUUAAAGAAAUAGAUGCAUUGUUUUCAAGAAAAUUAAGCACACUUUAUACCACAGUUCCCAAGAAUACUUGAUGUACCUCAUUGUGAAUCACUGCCAUGUUUGUCAGAAAUCUAGGAACAUCAAGAAGCUAGUCCAGAAUCUUGAUAAACAUAAACCUGUGAAGCACGCACGGCGCUGUCACAGUCUUGAGUAAAGUUGGUUGUGUAUUUGUGCCUUUACUCAUUCACAAUUACUCCACAGACUGCAGAAGAAACUAUGCAUUUUAAUACAAUAAAGAGAAAACUAAUGUAC